ACAUCUCAGUGAAGAGUGGGCAUUGGCUGGCAUGUGGCAAACUAUAUUCAAUAUGUUUCAUCUCAUUUGCUGGCAAGGUUUAGUUUCUAUUUUACAGGAGGGACUUGGUAGCCCAAUCAGUAUCACUUCAGCUGUGGAAUGAGGAAGAGGCAAGUUGUGUAGUGCAGCGUCUCUGCCCAAAUGACAGAUUGAGGAAAGAAAGCUCUCUGUUACGGAGACUUUGACGUGAGUGAUAAUCGUACAAUGGUGUUACAGUAUAUUGCUUGCCUCUGCGUUUGAAGUCCUUUAGAUCAAUCUUUUGUUUUUGUAUGUAUGUUUUAAGCGUGUAGCACUUACAUACACAAACAUGGUCAGUGUGUAUGAAUCAAAAACAAAAAGGCUACGGUGUGGAUACUAAUCCUGCGAUAUCUGAGUGAAACUCCUCAUGACUAAUCAUGAUAACAUGCCGGUGUUCACUGUGUCAAGUUUUCAGACUGGAAGUACACUUUGGAUGUACCUGAGUAGGAAAGCUGACAUGCAAAAAGCAUGUCUGUCCAGGAGCUUGUGCUAAGACAACGGACAGAGAUACUGAAUGCACUGUGCAGCAGCGGGUCAGCUGAGCUUCUGGAACAGGUUCUGGACAUACUACUGGCCCAGGGGGAGCUCAUAUGGGAGGACUACCAGAACAUACAGGUACCGGGUAGGGCACUGUAUACCAAUGCCAGACAGUUGCUCGACCUGAUUUAUACAAAGGGUUUGGAAACCUGUGGGCUCUUCCUUGCUGCUCUCAAACAGGUCCUGCCAAAAGUGCAUGGCGAUGGCCUCACGUUUUCAGGAUGCUGUUCAAAUCUAGAGGAAAAAGAAGAAUAUCAUAGCACAUCUACUCAGACUCUUCUGACUCAAAGACCAAGCCUGGUCAGCAAGCUACAAUGCUGCAUUGAUGGUGCUCUAAAAGCUCUUGUCAUAUCAGGACACUUCACCUCAGCAGACUGCGAUGAAGUGCGGCUACCUAUACACACCCCCUCUCAGCAGGCAAGGCGUUUGCUCGACCAUGUCAGAUCAAAAGGAGAAUCAGCAGCGAAGGUUGUACUGCAGUACAUUCAUCAAAAACAGGAAUCUGGAUCUCCACUGAAUCAGGAGAAAUGGACUCCUCCCAAAGAGGUCUUUAAGUAUCAGAAGAAGCUCAGCAGUUCUGUGUCUGCUCAGUCCUGCUUUCUCAGUACUUAUGGAGGGACCAGCCACAUGUCUCUGGAUGACAUCUACACUAAAGGUGAGCUGGAACUAGCUCAUAACUGUGUUGAUGUCCAUGGACCUUUGGGCCUGGAGGACAUACUUGGUACAGUGGGUACAGUGAACGAGGAGGCCGACACGGUGCUGGUGUCUGGGGAUGCUGGCGGUGGGAAGAGCACCUUACUCCAAAGGCUGCACUUGCUUUGGGCUCGGGGGUCAGCCCUCCAGGACUUUCUCCUUCUGUUUCCAUUCAGCUGUCGCAGGUUGAACUCAGAGACCAGGGAACUGUCCGUUCAGGAAUUGCUGUUUCAGCACUGCUGCUGGCCAGACAGGGAGCAGGAGGAGAUUUUCCAGUUCAUCCUGGACCACCCACAUCUCAUUCUCUUCACUUUUGAUGGCCUGGAUGAGCUCAAGCAGAGUUUUUCAGAUGAGCACAGGCUCUGCUGCCCCACUCAGCGUGCACCUGUACACAUACUAUUGUUCAACUUAAUCCAGGGUUCCCUACUGAAGGGAGUGCGGAAAGUGGUGACUAGUCGCCCAGAGGCAGUGGGCCCUGUGUUGAAGAAACACCUCCGCAAAGAGGUCCUCCUGAAAGGCUUUUCCCCAAGCGGGAUUGACUGUUUUGUGAGGAAGCAUCACAGUGACCCCACUGUAGCUGCUAAGGUUUUGGAGUCCCUACAGACAAACACAGCUUUACUUGGACUGUGUCAUAGUCCAGUCCUCUGCUGGAUUGUCUCCCAGUGCCAUAAGGAGCUGCUAGGCUGUGGAGAGGGCAGCCCACAAACAAUCACAGACGUUUACCUAAUGAUCCUACAGCACUUUUUACAGCAUCAAACCUCCCCGAAGAGCACCACAGGAUUAGAUUGGCUUCAGGAGCACCUAAAAACAGUCUUGCAUCUAGGAAAGCUUGCCUUUGAGGGGAUAGGAGCCACCUGUUACAUCUUCUCAGGUCCAGACUUGGAGACAUGUGGUGUAACUGAGAAGGAUAUCUGCAUGGGCUUUCUCAUUCAAAGCAAAGAUAUGUCCUCCACUCACAGUAAAUGCUAUGAAUUCCUUCAUGUGACUAUGCAAUGUUUCUUUGCUGCUCUGUACAUAGUUUUGUCAAAUAAUACUGACCGUUCAACUAUCCCUAGGCUCUUUGAGCCACGGAACAUGAGGGAGACAGGUCUGAGCAGCACAUGUUUCAUGGCCUGCAUGCCUUCCACUGACAAACAAGAGCGGGCUUUAGAGGGGGAAGCUACAGCAGCUGAAACACCAAAUCUGCAAAUAACAGCCACCUUUGUGUCUGGACUACUGUCCCAGCGCCACCGAAGCCUGUGGCUCCACUGCUGCCCCACUGCUGUGAUGGAGAAGAGGGUCAGACAGGUGUCGAGAUGCCUGUCCAAAGGCAUGCAGAAACACUUUAAGUCUAUCCCUCAACCUGUAGAGGGGGAGAAGAAGAGCAUGCAUGCAAUGCCGGGCUUCGUCUGGCUUAUAAAAUGCAUCUAUGAGAUGCAGGAGAGCAGGAUUGCUAAAUGUGCCAUGAGUAAGCUUGAGGUGGACCACCUGAAGCUGACCUACUGUAACAUUGGUCCUGUAGAGUGCACUGCACUAGCCUAUGUUCUCCAGCAUUUAAGGAAUCCUGUAGGCCUCCAGCUGGACAACAACUCUGUAGGCGAUGUUGGAGUGGAACAGCUUCUUCCCUGCAUGCACAUUUGUAAUUCCCUGUACCUCAGAAAUAAUAACAUUACAGAUGAGGGGAUCCGCAAACUGCUUGCCAAAGGUAUCCAGUGUGACAACUUCCGGAAAAUUGCGCUCUUCAACAACAAGCUAACUGAUGCUUGCACACAACACUUUUGUCAUCUUCUGAAGACCAAGCAGAAUUUCCUCUCUCUAAGGUUAGGCAACAAUAAUAUAACAGAAGAAGGAGCAAAGCAGCUGGCAGAGGGACUGAAAUUCAACCAUUCACUGCAGUAUUUAGGGCUCUGGGGCAAUAAGAUAGGUGAUGCAGGAACAGAGGCCCUUGCCAGUGCCCUAGAGAGCAGCAAAUCUCUGGUGUGGCUAAGCCUGGUAGGCAAUGGUGUGGGGAGUGCAGGAGCAUGUGCCCUCGCUAACAUUAUCAAGAACAGUACGUCACUGGAAGAGCUUUGGUUGACAGACAACUGCAUAACCAGAACAGGGGUGGAAUGUCUGAUUCAAGCCCUAGAACAUAAUACUCAUGUGAUAUCAGUAUGGUUGAGAAACAAUGACCUCAGUUUGGAGGAGGUAGAGGAGAUGACACAACGGGAAUCGAGAUUGACCUUCUGAUUUUGUAUAAAGUUGGCCAAGGACUGUGUAUUGCAUUAAGUACUGUUUCUAUUUAUUAUAGGAAAUAUUUUAUAUCAAAAUGUGAAAUUUAAAAUGUGUUUGCUGAAGUGUAUCUUGGUUUUCUGCUUAAAAGAGCAAUAUGCCACUUUUCAUCUAUUUUUUUCAUCCUUUCAUCCUUUUUUUAUCCAAAUACACAAAAUAUAUCCAACUUUAUCUUGGGUUUCUUUUGUAGGUGUAUGUGAUGAUAGGAUCACAAAAAGCACAACACCACCAGCACUACUACUACAACCCGAAUUCUAGAAAAGUUGGGACGUUUUUUAAAUUUUAAUAAAAUGAAAACUAAAAGACUUUCAAAUCACAUGAGCCAAUAUUUUAUUCACAAUAGAACAUAGAUAACAUAGCAAAUGUUUAAACUGAGAAAUUUUACACUUUUAUCCACUUAAUUAGCUCAUAUAAAAUGAAAUGCCUGCUACAGGUCUCAAAAAAGUUGGCACGGGGGCAACAAAUGGCUACAAAAGCUAGCAGGUUUGAAAAGAUUCAGCUGGGAGAACAUCUAGUGACUAAUUAAGUUAAUUGAUAUCAGGUCUGUAACAUGAUUAGCUAUAAAAGGUAUGUCUUAGAGAAGCAGAGUCUCUCAGAAGUAAAGAUAGGCAGAGGCUCUCCAAUCUGUGAAAGACUGCGUAAAAAGUGUGGAAUUGUGUAAUACUUUUAAAAACAAUGUUCCUCAACGUCAAAUUGCAAAGGCUUUGCAAAUCUCAUCAUCUACAGUGCAUAACAUCAUCAAAAGAUUCAGAGAAACUGGAGAAAUCUCUGUGCGUAAGGCACAAGGCCGGAGACCUUUAUUGGAUGCCCGUGGUCUUCGGGCCCUCAGACGACACUGCAUCACUCAUCGGCAUGAUUGUGUCAAUGACAUUACUAAAUGGGCCCAGGAAUACUUCCAGAAACCACUGUCGGUAAACACAAUCCGCCGUGCCAUCCGCAGAUGCCAACUAAAGCUCUAUCAUGCAAAAAGGAAGCCAUAUGUGAACAUUGUCCAGAAGCGCCGUCGUGUCCUGUGGGCCAAGGCUCAUUUAAAAUGGACUAUUUCAAAGUGGAAUAGUGUUCUAUGGUCAGACGAGUCCAAAUUUGAAAUCACGGACGCCGUGUCCUCCGGGCUCUGUGAAUGCUGAAAGGUAUAAAAGGUUUUAGAGCAACAUAUGCUUCUCUCCAAACGACAUCUAUUUCAGGGAAGGCCUUUUAUAUUUCAGCAGGACAAUGCAAAACCACAUACUGCAGCUAUUACAACAGCAUGGCUUCGUCGUAGAAGAGUCCGGGUGCUGAACUGGCCUGCCUGCAGUCCAGCUCUUUCACCUAUAGAGAACAUUUGGCGCAUCAUUAAACGAAAAAUGGGUCAAAGACGACCACGAACUCUUCAGCAGCUGGAAAUCUAUAUAAGGCAAGAAUGGGACCAAAUUCCGACACCAAAACUCCAGCAACUCAUAGCCUCAAUGCCCAGACGUCUUCAAACUUUUUUGAAAAGAAAAGGAGAUACUACACCAUGGUAAACAUGCCCCGUGCCAACUAUUUUGAGACCUGUAGCAGAAAUCAAAUUUGAAUUGAGCUCAUUUUGUGCAUAAAAUUGUAAAAUUUCUCAGUUUAAACAUUUGCUAUGUUAUCUAUGUUCUAUUGUGAAUAAAAUAUUGGCUCAUGUGAUUUGAAA